GGGCUAGAUGACCUACAAGAUUUAUUGGCAGUAAACUGUAUCGAAUUAUCCCAAUCCCAACUGCGCAAGUAUUCUCGGUUUUUGUUUGUGCGUCUGCGUGGUUUUCUUGCGUGUUGCAUUCCUCUGCUUCCGAAACGACCUCACGAAUCGGGAGACUCGAAGACUACAAUUCCCGUGAGCCCUCAGGGCAUCACGUAGCGCCUGUCCAGUCUACUGUCGCGUAAAAGGACUCCAUUUCCCAGCGUGCCUCAGGACGCGAGGACAGCAUUUUGCCGAGAACGUCAGGAAUCGCGUCCCUGAGCGGGAACUGCGGUAGCCAAGGCUGAGCCGAAGCCGAUGCUGAGUGGACAGCUGGUCAGGCGCCUGUUCUCCAUGGCCGGCCGCGUCUGUCUGUCCCGGGGCAGCGCGGGAUCGGGGACCAUCGGUCCUGUUGAGGCCGCCAUUCGCAUGAAGUUGGAGCAGGCUCUGAACCCCGAGGUGCUGGAGCUGCGUAACGAGAGUGGAGGCCACGCGGUCCCACCAGGCAGCGAGACGCAUUUCCGUGUGGCGGUGGUGAGCUCUCGCUUCGAGGGUCUGAGCCCCCUGCAGCGGCACCGGCUGGUCCACGCUGCGCUGUCGGAAGAGCUAGCCGGGCCCGUCCACGCGCUGGCCAUACAGGCGCGGACCCCAGCCCAGUGGCGGGAGAACCCGCAACUGGACGCGAGCCCCCCCUGCUUAGGUGGGAGCAAGAAAACUCGAGGAACCCCCUGAACCCAAAAGAAAUGAGCAAGGGCCAGGAUCUGAAUGGGUUGGGUGAGAGUCAACUACUGGGGCCUUCUUCCCUUCCUUACAGUCGGGUAUCGGUAAGGGAUGAGGACUGGGGCCCCAUUCAACCUGCACAUACAUUUAUUUCUCUGGAGAUAGCAACUCAUUUCAGAUCAAAGCUAACCCAAGGAAAGAGAAUCACUCCUGCUCUUGCCCUUGACUAUUCAGGAAAAGUUGCCCAGUUAUUUCAUGUUAAGUUGUGACUAAGGACCACCAGAUCUGACGAGCUGAAAAUAAUCCUGUACAUUAAAAAAUAAAUUAUCA